CACAAAAGCAAAAUUUCAAUUUAUAUGAAUCGUUGCAUGCAUUUUGCUAACUUCUUGUUAUUUGACAUUUGUACAUCGUCGUAGGGUCCACUUGAUAUUACAAACUAGAAAACUCAAGAGAAAGUCUGAACAGUGAACUGACUUAGCACGUAGUUUCUUAAGUAGAAAUGUUUUUUAUAUAGAGCCUUAUAUAGACAUUUGUCAAGCAGGUAGGCUUUGUUCCGAAUCUGCCUUUGGCCAUAUAAAUCAGUUUGGAGACUCCAACCUACAGUGAGAAAGAGAAUAUUUAUCCGGCAAAAUGGGUGUCUGGAGUUCAGUUAGUUUUUGUAAUUUUGAUAAGCAAAGGAUCAGGCAUCCCGAUUACGAUGCCUAUAAUCCUAGCCGGAGGAAUUCCAGUGUGAAGCAGAUCUUGAAUCUUGAUUCGGAUAGCUUUACAACGACUGUUCUUCAAGACGUUCAAGAAAUUCGAAUCCAAGAAACAAAUGACUGUUUUGAAACUUCUAUCCAGCCAACAUUUAACUACACGAAAAACGAGUCAUUUGUCCUGCCAGAAUAUUUUGAAUAUUCCAUGGGAGGAAACAUAAGAUUUUAUAAAGAGCAUCUUCAACAUGCGUCAGAGCGGGAAAAUAGAAUAUCGCCUUUUAAGAAGUUGGGGCAACGGCUACGAAAAUCGUCACAUAGUGACAAUGACUCUGAGCCAGAAUCACAGAGAUAUGCUAGAAAAUCUCAGGAAAAAGUGAUUCCCCUUGUCAAUACUAUUUCAGAGGAACCUGAGCUAUCUUUUGAUGAUUAUAGUUCAAUUUAUCAACCAGAGUUCAUAUUAAAUAUCAACUCUGAGAAUUUGGUGAAAGAAAUUCCAGGAAAUAUCUCUGGAGAGAACGUAGUAAGACGAAAUAAAGAAGAAAUUAAAGAUAGGAAGAAAAAUAACGAAAAUAAUGGUGCAAGUUGCUCUAAGAAUUUGAUUGAGGAAAAUUCACCUAAAAACGUUGUAGAGAAUGUGGACGUUCACGUAAAACAAACUAAAUCGGAAAUUGUACCUCCCGUGAAAGAAGAUGCUUUUUUCACGAACCACGACGUAUUCACAUUCUAUAGCACUUCGGUCGAGGAAAACCCAAAAAGGAAAUUCCGAAAGAAUCAAGAUUUUGCUUUAGAAGAAGAUAAAGAUAACAAGAACACCCUUAAGAAGGCUGUAAAAAUUGGUAAAAGUGAAGUGAGUAGAAAAAACCUCACCACAAGUGUAAAAAUACAAAAACCUAGAAAAGUGAUCCAAAGCGAGGAAAGUAACGUUAUCAAAGCGAAAGACGUUUUACCAAGCGAAAAAUUUUCGCAUCGAAAGCAAGAUAAAGACGUACUUCAUUGUUCUACUUCUCCACUUAGGAAAGCGGAGAAUAGAAUUGAGAAAAAAGAUCGAGCUAGGAAACCACAAAAGAAAGAAAAACCAAGGGAUUUGUCACAACUAAAGAAAUUCGACAGCGAAAAACACCUCUUAUCUAGGACUGAAGAUAACUCAACGAGUGAUAACAAAAAAGGCAGUUUCUUAUCUCGACUGAACAUAAGCACAACUCCGAUUACAUUCGACGAUUGUGAUUUGUUUGAAGAACUAGAAACGAUAGAGAAGACGAUCAAUGACGAACCGAGGAAGAAAGAUGAAACAUUCUACCCGGAAUCUCCUAUUUCAGAAGUGCAUUUCUUCAAAACACCAUGCAGCACCCGGCAUAACAGUCUGGAAACCUUUGAACAGUUAGAAAACGAAUGCAUUGAAGAUGAUAAUAAUCAGGAACCGGAAAAGCCACAAAAUGAAACGCUGAGGCCGAAUGUUUCUCCGAACUAUACAAAAUUACCAAAAGAAUUUCAAGAAAUGGCAAGAAGGCUAUCGAGAAAAGAUUCGCCGAAAAAGUCGACGCCAUCUUUAGAUCAAGUCAAUUCUUCUCUGAAUUUUAACUGCUCGUCGAGCACAUGUAGCACAACGUCUCCUCGGUCACCAAGCGGCAGGACUUUGUUUAGAACUCCCAGUUAUAAAAUGCCUAAGACACCAAGUUUGAGUCGACAACAUCCGUCAACGUACGUCACACAACAUACGUCAUCUCGCUCAAGACCUUCGUCUCGGGUGUCCUCACGAGCUACGUCACCCACACGUGAACACAUUGAAGCGUUGUUGUAAAAUUUAGAAUCCUGCAAUCAUGGUUGAAAACUGUGUAACUCUUUCGUUUAAAGAAAUUAAGGGCGCUCCCCUUCCACUCGAUCAAUGUUGAUUUUAUGUUGAUCUAAUUAAAACACAUUAGAGUCAUGGCACUAUAAGGGCAAGAAUUGUGAGGGGUAACGAAAUGUUAAAUAAGAAAAGAGAGUAAUUUUAUACCAUCAUGUCAUUAAUCCAAGGGCGAUUUGUUGCCCUAUAGUGACUAUAUACAUUGCUUACUAGUAAGGUUCCGCAUCUCUAAAGCACUAUUGCCGUAGUAACGUACUACAGCGACAGUGCUUUAGAGAUGAAAACCGAAGUCGCACGUUUUCACCUGUCAAGUUCAUGCAGCUAGGUAACAUUCAAUUCAGCCGGCGGAUGAAUCUGAGCACAAAUAUUAACUAUGUCAGUCUGAUGUAGUGAUUAAGGAAGGGACUAAGUUGGAGGGUUACUGUACAGUCAUAUAUUGUAAUUUAUUAAAGCUCAAACAAGAGCACUAGUGCUGUAGUAAUUCAUUUUCUAACUGCAAAAUUACU